AUGAUUCUGACAAGCCGCUUCAUUCUGAACAGCUCAACUGGCGCAGCGGAUGAAUCGGAUAAAGUGCAUUAUCGAAUUCAUCCCUUUGUACACGAAACCAGCAACAUGCUAAGCUGGCAGGACGCGCUCAAAGAAGUCCGAUUUCCUGACGUUGAUCCGGCAGAAACGCCUGAAGAUGGAGGGCAGAUGAGUUUUGGCGCGGGCGAGUUCUUAGAUUUAUAUACUGAAGCGAAAUGGCAUGCAGUGGCGACUUGUUUUUUCAUCGACACUGCUCAUAACGUCAUUGAUUAUGUACAGAAGAUCUUUCAAAUUUUAAGGCCGGGCGGUUUGUGGAUCAAUAAUGGCCCGUUGAUGUACCACUUCGCGAAUACGGAAGAAAUGAGCUUGGAGCUAUCUUGGGAAGAGCUAAAAUCAGUGAUUCUGGCGACCGGAUUUGAGCUUGAACUUGAAGAGAGCGAGAAAUGCCGAUAUGUCGAGAAUCCGGCUUCUUUAUUGUCACAAGAGUUCAAAACAAUACUUUUCACUGCUAGAAAGCCUCUUUGA